AUGGAGAUAACCAUACCUCCACGAGACCAUGGACCUUCGACUUUUCGAUAUGCGUGGGAUGAGAACGGUGAGGUGACACAGAUGACAAGAGUACGAGAGGACCAGCCAUCCCCACUAGUCACACCACGACCUAUCCCAGGUCGACAAACUAUUCAAUGGCCCUUUCAGAGCAUCGUUACCGAGACGGAAAUCGCCUCCCCGACAACGACGACACACUUCCACCAUCACCACCAUUAUCAUCACAGACGGGCGACGACAGCUACGACUUGGCGACCAUGGCUACAAAGGAGGAGAGAUAGCGACGGGCACUCGAUAGCGAGGAAUUUGGUGCCAGAUUACGUCGUCAACUACCUCCGAGGUGAGACACCAGAAACUGUGUCGAAGCGGAAGUAUAUCCACUAUGGGGUGGGCAAAGAGGGGAAACGCCCACUGCCGGGGAGUUCGCAUCGGCAUCUCCAAUCAAGAGCGGCCGAGUUUGGAGGAUUUUACGAUUCGGAGUCUUCAGAAGAGAGAGGGAGCGGUGACUCUGGUGGUGAUCAAGAGCGCCUGGGUUUCGGCAACGAGAAACGGCGAGGAGGUGAUGGCAGGGCGUUGAGGAAUACUCUUCUUGUGGGGUGGAGGGCCGGGGUGGCUUUUAACACGCUGGUCGGGUUUGUGAUUUUGAUUGUGGGGUUCAUCUGUCUGAUACUGGCGAUAUCGAAGGCUUCAUUGCUUGGAGGGGGUGGUGGGAGACUGGCGGUUUUCACGGGGAGUUGCGCGGCAACUACGAGGAUUGACUGGGGAUUGCAUGCCGUUAUUAACGUGUUUUGUGUGGUGUUAUUGGCGGGGGCACAUUAUGUGUUUCAGGUGCUGAGCAGUCCGACGAGGGAAGAGGUCGAUGAGGCUCAUCGGAAAUGGCAAUGGUUGGAUAUCGGGGUGCCAAGCUUUCGAAAUUUGAGGUUUAUUGGGAGAAGGGAGAAGAAGAGGCUAACAAUCCACAGGUAUAAUGCGGUAAUCUUCACUUCGCAAACAGCGCCUGACUUCAAGGCUGCUGUCGUUACGGAUGCCUUCACUCGAGGCGCAUCAUUCAGCAACGCUACGGAAAACAACAAUGGCGGACUGAGCCGACUCGAAAUUCUCAGUCUUCAGCGGCAAGCAAGCAGCGACGGCAUGGCCAAUUUGACGAGAUCCGACUGCUUCAUUCAACUCGACCGCACCCUUGAGUCCGACCUAUCAGCCAUUCUGCUUGUUUCCAACAUCAACUCGCCUUCUUCGCUUCUCCAAACCGCUGCAGGACCCCGGACCUCGCCUUUCAGCUCGAUCGUGUCCGACCAGUCCACAAUUCGUUACUGUCUCUCCGCUCCUCUUAUUCAGCCAAAGACGUGCGAAGUCAACCUCAAUGCCUCACUGCUGGGCGUUGUCGCCCUCCUCAACUCCUUUGCGCUGGUAGCAGGCGCCUCCAUUCUCUUCAAGCACCACUCCCGCUUCUCGCCUCUAUGCACCCUCGGUGAUGCCAUCAACUCCUUUCUCAGGGAGCCCGACACUGCCACCCAGCAGUCCGGCUCACUCCUGUCCAAGAAACAGGACGUCUUGACCGGCCGCUGGGGAGCGGGCAUUAACGAGCCAGCCAAAUAUUACAUUCCCACCCACCAUUACUGGAUCAAAUCCGUUUCUUUCACCAACCUCACCACCUUUGUAGUGGUUUGGACGGUUAUCGCCUCCUUGGUAAUUGUUGCCCUGGCAACAUCCGUCUGCCACGAUCCAGAGCACCUCCUUACAUCGUUUCCGUCAACUCUGCUCGGAGCGAAAUCGCUGGUCAUGUUUCCGGGGGGUAUCCCACCUGCGGGCGCGGCUAUCAUUACUGCCCUCCCACAACUUGGGCUGGUACUUCUUUAUCUCACGACGAACAGCAUUCUUACGAGUUAUCACUUAUCCCACGAGUGCUCACUCUUCGCGGUCUCACCCCGCCCACUUAGACUUUCUUCGCCUUUUCCCCAGGGCCUUCAGACUAGCAGUUUAUUUCUCACGCUGCCGCGCCCGCUCUCGUGGCUGCUUAUUUUUGGUUUUGUCGCGCUGGGCUUUCUUCUCUCUCAAUCAUUCGUUUUGGUGUCGGUCACUACUGGUGACAUGACCGCCAACGCUGUCGGCCUGAGCGGUGUCGGGCUGUUGGCUCUGCUCUCGCUGUUGCUCAUUCUAUUGUUGCUAGUCUUGGGGUUAGGGUUGCGAAAGGCCCCUCCUGCUGGUCUUCAGGGGUGGGAGCUGAAAGGGAACCCUAUGGUGCUGGAAGGGGGGAGUUGCUCGGCUGUUGUUGCUGCUAGGUGUCAUUAUCAUCAGUUUUUUGUGCCGGGGGGGAAUGGGACGAGGGAUGGGACUACGAUUAGUGGGGGGGAGAGGAGGAGGGAGCAGAGUAUUUGGAAGCAGGAGUUGAUUUGGGGGGUUAUUAAGCCGGGGGUUGGGAUGGAGGUUGGGCUUUGUGGGUUCGGGAGGGGGGAGGCUCAGGAUGGGGUGGGGAGGUUAGGGGUGGGGAGGUGUUAUGCUUGA